AUGCAGGUCGAGCUCUCGUUUAUCUUUCCACACGCGCUCAAGGAGCUGCCGGUGAGCUUCUUUGUUCCCCUCUCCUCCCAGCGUCCGCACACCGUGGCGAAUCUGUUCUUCAUGUGCUCAGGGCAGCUGCCCUUGCCAGCGGAGCUGCUUUCUGCCCUGCACCUGACGGAGGCCGAGGUCGCCUACGCAACGCCUGAUGAUGCCAAGGCGGCUGGGCUGUUGCCGCUGAGCGACUCGGCAGUCGUUCGCAUCGACAAGGCGUCUGUGAUGGAGAUCGGCAGCAGCACCACCAAGUCGAUCUUUGGCGGCUUCAUCCCAGAUGAAAGGGUGACGCUGCCGGCUGGCACAGCCGCGCGCGGACAGAGCAUUGCAGCCACCAUGUCCUCGCUGAAGGCGGGGACACUUCUGUAUGGCAACCUCGGCAUGCCGAACACGCAUGCCAGCCGCUACUACAUCCUUCUCGAGCCUGUCACAACGCCGGAGCAGCGACACGAGUUCUCCGACUUCGCACCGCUUGGAACGGUGACAAGUGGCUUGGCGGAGCUGAAGAGGGCGGCAUCGCAGACGGCGGUGCACCCACGCACGUUUGUGCCCAAAAAGAAGGUGGUCGUGUCGGGGUGCCGAAUGCAGCUCGACUACACGCACCUGUCAUCUUCCACGGCAGCCGGCGCGUCUACGACGCUUGGCGGGCUCCGCGACGGCACCGGUCAAGACGCUGGGAAGCAAAGGCCUACAGAGCCGCACGAGCGCGUCGCUGGCCGUGUGCGCCGCCGCGAUGACGACGGUGACGAGCCCGAGCAAGCUGACCCGCGCAAUGCAUUGGACGACGACGGCAACGCCAUCGGCCCUGGCGCAGCGCCGUUGCACAGCUCCGGCUUCUUCAAGAUAUCGGCGCGCUUCCCGAAGGCGGUGGCGGUGGCGGUGGCGGCCUCCGGCGCGGGUCCCUCUCUGAAGCGGCGCCGUGCAGAAGCAUUCGUAGUCGGUGAUGACGGCCUGCCGACCCUCCGCACGACGGCGAUCGCACCUGGCAAACAGGUCGGCGGCGACGGCACCGCCGUACCGUUCGACUUCUUCAAGGCCCAGCAAGACGCCUUCAUGAAUAACAUUGAAGGUAUCAAGGAUGCGCAGCUGCAGCGAUUCAAUCGUAAAGCCGGAAAGAUUAUGAAAUCCAGGCGGGCAGGGGCAUCGAGCAGCUCAAGUAGGCGGCACGCCAGCUCGGAACAGCACAGCAGUAGCAGCUGCAGCGGCACACACGCCACGGGCUCAGGCGCCUUCUCAAAGACUGGCGCGAAAAAGACGAAGCCCAAGCGGUACUGA